CGAUGGUCCCGUUUUGUUGCAACUCUCCUUUGUACCCUGGAUGGGUAAGAGUGGUCUGAAAUUUGGGAGUGGGGCCUAAGAAAGCUUGGAGAAAACCUAGGCUAUUCAGCCUUUAGUCCCGAUGGGGACCCCGCAAGAUUUGGUGAUUGGUAACAAGAAUGACAUACUCACCUGGUUGCAGAAUAGGCUCAUUGUGUUCACUACUGCCAACUAGUUCUAGAUGAAUAACUUAUAAUGUUAGGAUGACAACCACUGAACGAACCAAGGUGGUUGAACAGGGAGAAAAUGGAGGGGGGUGUGGAAGCACAGACAACCCACCCCCCUCAUCUGCGUCAUCAUCAAAACUCAAACUCGAAUGCUUCCACCCCAUCAAUUCCCCCUAGUGGGGUUAUGGUACCAGGGGACCAAAGGUCCAGAUGGAACAGUCAUUGAGGAGGUUAUGACAGCUGUAGUCGGCAAGAAACAGCCAGUAAGAGGUCAGGCUUUCCGAGCUCCCAAUGGAGAAUAUACGUCCUAUCUUUGUACAGAUGAUACUACACUAUAUAGACCAGGAGAUUCUGUAUACAUUGAAAGUCAGCGGGCUGACCAACCAUUUUUCAUCUGCUCAAUUCAAGAAUUUCGUAGGGUAAAUGACCUGAGACUGAGUAAGAGGGACACAUUAAUGGUCAACAUAAAAUGGUUUUAUAGACCGUCUGAAGUGCCUGAAACUGUGUACCAGCGUCUUGUUCAGGAUCGCAACACUGAAAACAAUAACAGAUCCUUGGUAACAGAUGACCCUGUAAUCAAGAGCAGAGAGCUUUUCAUUUCCGAUGCAACUGACACCUACCCAGUUUCGGUUCUCCGAGGUUUAUGCAGGGUUGAUCAUUAUUCAGACAUUCAUGCUGUGAGGGACUUUCUCCCUGAAGAUAAUUCCUUUUUUUAUAUUCUUGGGUACUAG